AUGGACGGCCACAGGAUUAGAUGUUUCAUCCUCCAGGCAGAUGCUGUAGUCCCGACACCCCGCUGGUGCUGCCUCUGCCUCAGCCUCCGCGCAGAGCGUCAAGAGCGCCUCGGACGCGAUGAACUUCAACUGUUUGUCAACCCAAAGCUCAACCAUGGCGUGGGUGAUACAGCCAUCUCGACAGGCCUCAUGCGCCAGGGCCACGAGUUUAGGAACCUCGGGCUCGAGAAGGAUGUCCUCCCACUGCUUGUCGGUGAGAUUGAGUUGCUACAGCCGCAUGAAUGUCCUGAUCAUGCCAUGAAGGACAUCACGGACACCUUCCUGGUAGCCGGGGAUGCCCAUGGCUUGAUUCGCCUUCAAGAUCCUGGUGGCGCUGCCUCCUUCGUAUAG